AUGAGUUGCUGCUGCUCUCUAUUCUUCUAUUUGGCAAUCCCAAAGCAGGGCAUUUUUCAUGUUUCUGUGCUUAUAAUUACUCCGGCACCCCUCUCUCUCUCACACACUCACACACACACACACACAAACACAUCUCUCUCUCUCUCACACACACAAACGCACAAUGGAGUGCUAACACCGCACUACAGUAAAGCAAUUCGAAUUUCGAAGACCGGAGCCAAGCCAUACGCCGAGCCGGGGGAAAAACAGCCAAAUCUCAAGCUGGCGUACAGCCCGAAGCGAGCGACGGCGGAGCUCCGCCAUUCGAGCUCCAUCGGAAGCCGCGCCACCCCGUCCCCUUCCGCUUCCGUUGUGGCUCAAUCCCCAUUGUCAUCUGACUACCAAUCGCCCCCCGCCGCCGACGACCAUGACAAUGGCCGCGAUCGUUAUCCACGGGAUCGCUCGUUCCGCUCGUAUGUCCAGCCAUUUCUCCCGCACUAUUUUUUCCCCAACGACGAUCUGUAUAGGCCCCAUCCUCAUAGAUCUAAGAUCUCGAUUCUCAUACUCGCAGCUGUUGUUUUCGCCGCCGUUCUUUCAGUUUCUUCUGUCGUCAAACGAUUGAACGCCCCAUAUUUGUGCAGAAAAGAUGGCAUAACUCUUCAGUGCCCUCAUGUAAAGGAGUCUUCAUCGCUCUGGGAGAAUCCUUAUUCAGCCACUACAUCAUGGAAGCCUUGUGCUGAACGACAUGAGGGAAUAAUUUCAGAUCUUCCAGCUGAGAAUUCAACAAAUGGCUAUGUAUUUAUACAUGCUGAGGGUGGUCUUAACCAGCAAAGAAUUGCUAUAUGCAAUGCUGUUGCUGUGGCGAAGAUAAUGAAUGUCACUCUUAUUUUGCCCGUGUUGAAGCAAGACCAGAUAUGGAAAGACCAAACGAAAUUUGAAGACAUAUUUGAUGUAGAUCACUUUAUCGACUACUUGAAAUACGAUGUACGGAUUGUUAGAGAUAUCCCGGAAUGGUUUACGGAUAAAGCAGAACUGUUCACCAGUAUAAGGCGUACUGUAAAAAACAUUCCGAAGUAUGCUCCUGCACAGUUCUACAUAGACAAUGUAUUACCUCGUGUAAAGGAGAAGAAGAUAAUGGCCUUGAAACCUUUUGUCGAUCGACUGGGGUAUGAUAAUGUCCCUCAAGAAAUCAACAGGCUAAGGUGCAGAGUGAACUAUCAUGCUCUCAAAUUUCUUCCUGAAAUCGAGAACAUGGCUGAUUUGCUCGUAUCUAGGAUGAGAAAUCGAACUGGUAGUUCAAAUCCUUUCAUGGCUCUUCAUCUACGAUUCGAGAAAGGUAUGGUGGGUCUUUCUUUCUGUGAUUUCGUCGGAACUAGGAUGGAGAAAGCACUAAUGGCUAUAUACAGAAUGAAAGAAUGGCCUAGGCGCUUCAAGGAUGGCUCUCAUCUUUGGGCCUUGGCUCUUCAGAAACGGAAGGAAGGAAGAUGCCCUCUCGAGCCGGGUGAGGUGGCGGUGAUGCUUCGUGCAAUGGGUUAUCCUAAAGAAACUCAAAUAUACGUUGCCUCUGGGCAGGUUUACGGUGGACAGAACCGCAUGGCACCACUUAGAAACAUGUUCCCUAAUCUGGUGACAAAGGAGGAAUUAGCUGCCAAAUUAGAGUUGGAUGGAUUUAGAAAACACGUGACAAGCUUAGCAGCUCUAGACUUCUUGGUCUGUCUGAAGUCCGAUGUAUUUGUCAUGACACAUGGAGGAAACUUCGCUAAGCUAAUAAUCGGGCAUCGAAGAUACAUGGGACACCGUCUAAAAUCCAUAAAACCGGACAAGGGUUUAAUGUCCAAAUCUUUAGGUGACCCCUAUAUGGGGUGGUCCACAUUCGUCGAGGAUGUGAUUGUAACACACCAAACACGAACCGGAUUACCAGAAGAAACUUUCCCUAAUUACGACAUAUGGGAGAACCCUUUGACACCUUGCAUGUGUCGAACCUGAUUUUAUUUGAUAUUUGUGAUAGUGUAGCACAGGUUAGUAGGAAGAUUUGUCGGGAGCGCUAAUGUUGAGACAAGAUGUGAAUCAACUUGGAAUUCGUUUUUUUUUUAAUUUCCGGAAGAGUUAGUUUCGCAGGGAAAGAUUAUAUAUAAUACUGUGCAGGUGAUGCAAUUUUAGUAGGUCAGAACCUGCGAAGAUGUUUGAUGAGAAGUUUAUGAAUAUGCAAAUGUAGUCUUAAUGAGGCUUGAAAUUGGCCCCCCUCCCCCCACCCCCUUUUAUAUAUAUAAGAUCUUCCAUAGUAGGGGGGCGGAGAUACUACAUGGUUGUACUGGAAUCUUGAUGCAUUUUUAUUGUCAUUUAUGAUGUAAAUUAUGAUUGCAUUUUAUGAAAUGCAAGUUUUUUAAAAUUUUGACUGCAUCUGUGGGGGUAUAUGUAUAGUGUAAGUAUUGCACUUUUUCAAAUGCCUCA